AUGGCUUCAACAGGGAUGGGUUUCUCGAUGGUCCUAGUGACCUUGUUCUCAUUUUGGGCAACCACCAGCCGGGCUCAAUCGGAUUGCACCAAUGUGAUAAUCUCCCUUGCCCCUUGCCUCACUUAUGUGAGCGGCAGCUCCUCCACCCCAUCCCCGUCCUGCUGCUCACAGCUUGCCAGCGUCGUCAAGUCGAACCCCCAGUGCCUUUGCACCGUGCUGAACGGAGGCAGCUCGAACUUUGGUGUUUCAAUCAAUGAGACGCUCGCUCUAGCCCUCCCUGGUGCUUGCAAUGUGGAAACUCCACCUGUUAGCCGAUGUAAUGCUGUUGCUGACGGGCCUGUGAUGUCUCCUUUUGGCUCUCCAGAGGGUUCUCCGGCAGCUUCACCAAGUGAUACUACAGCAGGAACUGGCUCGAAAAUGGUUCCAUCAACUAGUGUGAGUGCUGCCAUUGCCAAUACUGAGAUCAUAAACACAGCCCAUCAAGUUGCGAUCAUGUUUGCUGUGCUUAUGGCUUCAUAUGCAUUAACAGCAAGCAGUUUCUGA